AUGAUAUCUUCUUGUCGUCGGCAAAUUUUUACCACUACAUCGGUAAAUUUACACAGUUUGUAUUCCCUAAACGAACGAUCCAGAGAUCUCUACAUUCUUACUACAGUAGACGACAGUGCAGAAGAAAAGAGCGGAUAUGGAGCUUAAAAACAACUGCCAAGUUCUCACAUUCAACCAGCUCACUCGUCUUCACAGUGUAUUAAACCAAACUGUCUUCAUUCAUGGCCGAGGAAAUUUUCCUACUCUAGAAGUACCCCUCAAAGAUUUUAUAGAGACUGUGACAGCAGGCCUUAAAGAGGAAGGAUUAAAAGUCCGCGACCUCCGAUUGAAUGGAAGUACUGCCAGCAAUAUCUUAAGUACAGAGAGCAACUGUUCGUACAAUGAUAUUGACUUGAUCUUCGGUGUGGAGAUUCGCUCUAAUUUGCACUUACAGCAGAUCAAGUGUGUCGUGUUGAACUCGCUUCUCAAUUUCUUCCCCAGUGAAGUACCGAAGGAUAGAAUCAAUAGCUGCAUCUUGAAAGAAGCCUAUGUUCAAAAGAUGGUGAAAGUGUCGACUGACAACGAUCGUUGGUCGUUAAUCUCGCUUUGGAACAACCAAGGGAAAAACGUCGAACUGAAAUUCGUCGACUCGAUGCGUAGGCAGUUUGAAUUCUCGGUUGAUUCGUUUCAAAUUAUCCUCGAUUCCCUUUUUGGCUUCUACAAACUGUCGCCAGUGCCGAUGAAGCCUAAUUUCUUCCCCACCGUUGUUGCCGAGUCGGUUUACGGCGAUAUUAAGCUUGCCCUCUAUCAUUUAGACAACAAACUGAUAGCUACCCGUAACCCGGAGGAAAUACGAGGUGGUGGUCUCCUUAAGUACUGCAAUCUUUUGGUGCGAAAUUAUGUACCAGAAAACUACGAAGAGAUCAAGAUCCUAGAGAGAUACAUGUGUAGUCGUUUCUUUAUCGACUUCAGCGAUAUCCAUCAGCAGCAACAGAAGUUGGAGAGUUACUUGGCAAAUCAUUUCAUCGGAGACGAGCGAGCUCAAUAUGAAUAUUUGAUGGUUCUUUAUCAUAUUGUUUCAUCCUCCACGGUUUGCCUCAUGGGACACGAACGAAAACAAACCCUUCGCCUUAUAGACUUUUUAGGAAAGCAGCAUCGCGGUGAAGUGAGUUAUAUGCCGAUGGUGGUGUACAGCGAUAAGACAGCAUCUUAUCCAUUCGUUCCUGCUUCUGGUUACAUGGUGCCUGUAUCGACCAGAAGUCAAACAUUAAGUACCUAUGCUUAUAACAGUUUAGUUCCGUGUUUUUAAAGAACGUUUCAAGAACGUUACCGCAAUGAAAACUUUGAAACUAGACCUCCAAUGAAGGUAUGCGUCACAUUCGCCACUGGAUUCUCUGAACUUUGGAAGUGAGUCUAUAUUUUUAUAAUGAGGGAGCAGAUGGUAGUUUAUUUUCAACGUUGUAACCCGUAGUUAUUUCUAGGUACGGUAUAAACAUACUUGUCUAUCACCGUAUUGGUGUGCGAGGGACGUGAAGCAAGCCUUAAAAUGUAAUUCGUUUCGUGAAGAAACAGAGAAGGAAGUUCUUCACAAUCCCCGAAUACUGUUGUUAUGUAAAUACGCCGUUUGGAACGGCCAAACUAGACGUUCGUGCUUAAUGUAAUUUCGCAAUUUCACACUAUAUAUUUGUGAUGAACUUGCUUUGGAACAGUGACUGAAAUACGAUAGAAACAUUACUCACCACGAUAAGUGUCUCAUAAUUAAUACGUACCGAGUAGAAUAUGAAAUAAUCUCCCGAGAGGGAAAGUAACUUUUAUGGUUUUGUUUUGAAUAAAUGAAGCG